CCUCUGUCGGCUGUUAGACACGUAGAUCUUAGGCAGGUUCCAAGCGUCGCUUUACUCCACAUUCAACAUCGAACCAGCCCAACUUAGUUCACAGUAUACCUCUCUCCCCAUCUGUGUCGCUGUCGUUUGGGUGCUUCUUGCUGUCCCGUUCUCCGCCGUCUCCAGGGCCAUGAUGCCCGGCCCCAUCCGCACUCGGCAAAGCUGUGAUCGCUGCCAUGCACAGAAGCUCAAGUGUCCGAAGCAGAUUGGCAGCACAGUCUGCACACGAUGCAUGAAAGCUGGAGCUCUCUGCAUCUUCAGCCCGCCGGGGGGAGGUGCGGCGUCGCGCAACGAUGGAAAUGGAAAUCCCGCGUUCCCGUUGGGUUACAGCAGCAACAACAUGCCAUCGAGUGGUGGCAUCUGUGGCAGUGAGCCUGGUGCCGCUUUCGACUGGUCCUUUCUCCAGCCGGCUUUGGGGCUCACGGAUGCAUCAGCAUAUAUGGCGCUGGCCGAUAUUGCGGGACAAACGGGACCGGGUUGUGCCACCGCCUUCCCCACGCCGGAUCCGUCCUGUCGCCCAGCCGAGGAGACAAAGAGAAGCGGAAGCGACCCUGGACCAACUCCCCCGAAUCCCAAAUCGCAUUGUACUCAGCAGCUCACCAAAAUCAUGCUUGAUCUGGAUACCGUAUGGGUGACUUUGCCUCCCAACUCGGACUUACACUUCCCCGUUGACGAAAACCUGGAUAACCACACCGCGGCCUUCGCCGAGAGAUAUUCGCAGAACAAAGCCCUAGAGACCCUCUUCGGCGCCACCCAGCGCCUGAUAGAUAUUUAUCCCGCAGCCAUACCGCUCUCGCUUGCGCUCGAUUCGGUAGUGCCUCGGUGCGAGACCGAUAACUGCGUCCACUCCAUUAAUACCCCUCCCAGCCUCAGCGCACUCGAGGCCUUCGUACUGUCGCGAAACUCGCCGUCGACCAUCGAUCAUUCGCUGGCCAACCUUCUCAUCUCAUGCCAUGCCCGCCUGAUCGACGUGCUCGAUCGCCUUCUCCUCCUCGUCUUCUCUUGCUUCAAGGUCCACCAAGGAUCUCCGACCAUGAGGGAGCCCGACUUCGCGGUCCCAGAGCUCCGCGUAGGGUCCUUCACCCCUCCCCCGGCCUCCGCGGCCUUCGUGCAGGCCUUUUUGAUGAAGCAUCUACUCGGCAUGCUCUCUGGGAGAGUAGACCAGCUCGCCCGGGCGGUCGAGGCCAAACUGCGAGAGAACCCGGGAAAAGAAUGUCAGGCGCUUGCGCUGCAGUGCGAGAUCCUGAAGGAGAGGCAAGACGCUAAGAUGGAGCACAUAGGGGCGGUCGGCGAAGAGCUUGUCAGAGCCGGCAUGCUUGGAUAAGGUGAUAAGAGUUUCGCGACCUUUGCCAAACGCUUCACCUUCUAUCACGAAUCGGUGCUCCUGAGUCGCCGCCAUCUUACCAGAGGCAAGACCCAAAGCCAUGUCGGGUUAAAUGUGCAAAUAAUAUAUAUGUAUGUACAUUAAUGUGUCCUAGGUUCCAGAAAAGCAC